CCGCAGCAGUCCUCGUAGGGCUCUGCUCCUCUCUGCUGGUGCGCACUUCGAGCGGUUUAACGAGCAGACUCUUCAAAGAGCGGGAUCAUCACACCAGCUUUAUAUAUAUAUAGACCUACUGCGACGCUAGAGUUUCAAAGGCUCAUCAUGGGAAACAGGUUUAGCAGAAGGCGAGAAACCCCAGCCAGCAAACCUGAAACUUUGGCCACUGAACAGAAGACCGCAAAGGAGCCUGCAAAAGACUCUGAAGUAACGCAGACUCAGGAGGUCACCAAGUCAGAGAAUCUAGAUGUGGUGGUGGAAGAACAGGUGACCCCAGUGGCGUGUUUACCCAGUGAAGAAUGUGUAUCAGAAUGUAAAGAAGCAGAACCUUCUGCUGCCUCAGGCCCCAGCACAGAACCAGCACUUGUGGUAAAGGAAGCCCCAACUCCAGUCGAACCUGAACCUCAGGUCUCAGCCAGCAAACCUUCACCUCCAGAACCAGUUGCUGAAGCUCAGUUUGCUCCUGUUCCUGAACCAGUACCUUCCUCAAACCCAGAUGGAGACACUGAGGUAGUGCAGCCCAUCUCAGAGCCUGUACCAGCCCCAGUGGAGCAUCUGGAGGUGCAGACAGAUCAACUCACACAAGAGUCUCUCCUUGAGUCGAUUGUUUCUUCACCCCCUUUGACCGACUUGGGUAUCCCUGAUGUCACUCCCAUCCCUGUCCCAGAUGAGCCGUCAGACCCCACAGAUGGUGAGAAAUGCCAAGACAGUGAUGAGACUACUGACAAUUCCAUGUUUGAGCCAGAAAAGUCUGCAGAUACACAUCUGGAAAAGCCAGUGGAGGUGGAGGCUGAAGAGUGUUUGGAGAAGCUUGGAAGUGAUGUCAAUGAGGAAAACUUUAGUGACACCCUAAAGAACUUGGAGCUGAAAGGAAAUGACCUUGUCAGUGACCUCAUUCCAAGUGAUGCCAAUAUCCCUGAUGACACUCCCAUCACAGACAUGAGCACAUCUACUGAGCUCAUGUGAAUCAGCUCAGUAGAGGAUUCAUGAAGGAAGUGAGACCCUUUAAACCUAAAUUGUGAAUGGAUCUAAAAAUUGUGGUUUGCUCACCUUAAGUGCCCAAAUUAAUGCUAAUAGCUAAUUUUUUUUUUUUUUUUUAAACAAAGGUACCAAAGAGCUGCGGAACAGUCUGAACAGAAAACUAAAUGUUACUUUUGUUUUUGCUGUUUGAUACAUUUCGCUAGCUGGUGUGUGUGCGUGCGUGCAUGUGUGUGUGGUGGUGGUGGCUCCAAAGGCAGAAUAGUCUGGAGCACUUCAGUGUAUUGUUGGACAGAGAUCUUCCUCUAUGUAGAUCCUCCAAGCAGAAAUUAAAUGUGUCAUGUAUCUACUUGAACAAUUCUUUUGUUUAAAAAAAAAAAUAUAUAGCAAAAAAUGACCAAGUCAAAUCUGUGCAGUGCUUGUAGGUUAAGAAAAGACAAGCAAAGGACAAAGAAUGCAACAGCUGGAAACAGUGUAUGCAUUCCACAACAGGAAACAAGUAUCUAGUAAACUUUUAUGCCUUAACAUAGUAAUUACCAGUAAUCCACUAAUCAGAGUGAUUGUCAUCUUAUGUAAUUUUAAAUAAAGGAAUUUUAAAUUUCAAGUUGCUUGCCUUUGAAAAUAAAAUAGUAUUUACACAUUACGGUCUUGCUCACUGUUUUUUUAAAAGUAUAUUUAAUAGUAUCUAGUCACACAAGAUUCUGGGAAUGGAUUUUUUUGGGGGGGGUUAGAUCUAAAGAAGCAAGUUGGUGAGAUAUGGAAGAUACUGGGGAUAUGUUUAACAAACUAGUACAUGUAUUGGACACUGCACAUGGCAAUAGAAAUCUAUGCAGUACAUUCCAGUUAAUUUAAGAGAGACCGGGCCUUCUCACUGUCUCAUGGGAGAGAGGACAUAAGCGGAGAGAGGGGAGAG